UUUACUAUUUAAUAGGGCUGUCAUUUCAACGGAUACCUUAUCUUACUGAUACAGAAAUCAAAGACCAAAACUCCUGUAAAAUGUUUUCUGUCAAGGAAAUAUUAAUAAUUUUUUCUUGCUUUGCAUUUGGGAUAACGCAAGAAUAUCUUCAGCCAUGUUGGAUUUGGGCCUUAUGUGAAGCAGAUGUUGAAUUCCGAGAACAAGUACUCAACUGCUAUGUUCCUGUAUUCACGGAAAAAGACGUAAGUGAAGUUGCCCGAAGAAUUGUAAUAUAUAAAAUUCAAUCAACAAACAUGACUGAUGGGGCUAAAGAAUUUUGCGACUUAGACACAGAACUUCGGGAAACUCUUUCAAUUGAAUGUGGAAGAAGUGUACUCGAUUAUUAUUCAGUAACCUGUGCUAACCCUUUGCAUGCUGACUGUGAUCGUUUUAAUAAAAUAAUGAACUGCCACUUGAAUCUGGCGGAUGAAUAUCAUAGAAAUGGCUAUUGCUAAAGUUUGUCAAGAUUGCUGAUUUCAGUAAUCAAAAACCAUCAUAAAGACGUAUUGGCACUUAUUCUUUUUCUGUUUUAAAACAUUGAUGGACAAAAUAAAACUUAUUUUAAUGGUCAAA